AAAAAGAUGGUGGUCAAAGCUGAAGAGAAGCAGCUGACUCGUUAGAAAAGAUGUGAGGAGUUAAAAGUUUGGCUCUCGCCGAGACUAGUUUAAUUAGCUGCUGGUGGUGGAUGUGGGUGUCGUCGCGGCUGCUGCAGAGGACGGGAAGUGAACAGCUAUGGACGGACUGCGUCUUGUGCACAAGUUGUAAGAUGUUUGCAUGAAAGUUGGCCAGGGGUUUGGCCCUCCAUCCUGCAUUGACCAUGGCGGACUCCGUCGCCUUUUACACUGAGCCAUGUAUGGAAACUGAGCCAGAAUGCAGCACAGGUGCCAUCAGUGAUGGUGCUUCUGAGGAGCCCAACGAGAAAAAAGCCAACCAUGAGCGCUGUGUGAACGUGGGACGACGACAUGUUGACUGCUGGUUCUGUGAAGAAUGUAAGGAGUAUUUCCUAGAGGAAUGUCUAGUCCAUGGCCCGCCUGUGUUUGUGCCUGAUACGCCCACCGCGCUUGGAGUGCCUGAUCGUGCAGCUCUCACUGUGCCUUCGGGGAUUCGGAUCGUUAGGGAAGGCGUGGACGUGGACGUGUGCUGCAUGGAUGAGAAUAUCCCGAAAGGAGCUCUGUUUGGCCCCUACCAAGGCCAGCUCGUAGGAGCCCAGGACAAACCGUCAGGAACGUACUCUUGGAUGAUUGUCGAUGAGGACAACACUUACAAAACUAUCGAUGGAUGUGACGUAACUAAAGCAAACUGGAUGAGAUACAUCCGGAAGUCUUCAGAGGAGGGUGAGAGAAACUUGAGUGCGUUCCAGCACGGUGAACAUAUUUACUUCCGAGUGUGUCGCAGAAUGGCGGUCAGGGAGAGGCUUCGCGUGUGGUACAGCGACGAGUACGCAAAACGUCUACAGGAUAUGUGCGAGGGCAGUCCCAACCGCAAGGCGGACACAGGGAUAAAUUCAGAAGACGUCACCCAACACCAAGAAGAAGCUAAAGGCCCAGUUCUUCGCUCGACUAUACAUGGAAGGAGAACCCUCAUAAAGCACGGGAGCGACGAGGCAGAUAGCCAGCCUCAAGUGAAGAAGAAAAAAAUCGAUCUCAUAUUCAAAGAUGUCGUAGAAGCAUCGCUGGAAGCAAGCCAAUGUCAGAACAAUCCACUAAACAGCACUCUAUCAUUACCAAGACCAAGAGCACAGGUCAGCAGUGUCUUCAGCCAAUCCGGUACAUUUUCACCAAAUGUAGUGGAGACAAUCCUGGGCCAGACUGAGAGAAAAGUGCCUCAUGUGGCCUGUGGACUUGUGCCUGUAAAACAGCUAGAGAGCAGUCUUGAAAGAUAUGUCAAAGUAGAAGAUGCACAGGAGGAGCCCAAGAUGAUUAGUGAAGGCCCAUCGACAUCUUUUUGCCCGAACUGUGUUAGACUGAAGAGACGUAUACGUGAACUGGAAGCAGAGCUUCUUCAUUUUAAACAACAAGAGCAGACCGAGACAUUGUGCUUGCCCCCAUCCGAAUCCCUGCCGGGCGAUGACCUGAGAGUGGUGGAGGCUAUGACGCCCACUCCAGCCGGGAUGGAGGAAGAUGACCAGGAUGUCGACUCUGCAGAUGAAUCCAUAACCGCUGACAUGAUCGUAGCCGCCGACGACUCGUCGAAGCUGUCCGUCAGCCCGGGUCGGCGAAUCCGCCGCUUUAAACAAGAGUGGCUCAAGAAGUUUUGGUUCUUGCGUUAUUCUCCGACGUUGAACGAGAUGUGGUGCCACGUGUGCCGACAGUACACCGUACAGUCGUCAAGGACUUCCGCUUUCAUUAUCGGGUCCAAGCAGUUCAAGAUCCACACCAUCAAGCUUCAUAGCCAGAGCAAUCUCCACAAGAAAUGUCUGCAGUUGUACAAGCUACGCAUGCAUCCUGAGAAGACGGAAGAGAUGUGUCGGAACAUGAUCACGCUGUUCAACGCCGCUUACCAUCUCGCGGUCGAAGGGCGGCCGUAUUCCGACAUCCGGCCCUUGGCAGAGCUGUUAAAAAAGUGUGAACUUAAGGUAGUCGAUCAGUACAUGAACGAGAGCGACUGCCAGAUCCUCAUCCACCACAUUUCCCGAGCGUUUAAAGAGGACUUGGUGGAGAAGAUCCGUCUCUCCCCUUUCCUUGGUGUAAUCAUGGAUGGCCAAAAUGAUGAUUUGCUAGCCGACACCGUUGCGGUUUAUGUGCAGUUCAUCACCACAGAGGGUCCGCCUGCUACUGAGUUUGUCUCCUUACAGAGACUGAGUGGUAGCUGUGUAGAUGGAUACCUUCAAGCUGUUGACCGUGCCUUUGGUGACCUAGGUCUACGGCUACAGGACAUGCUCGUGGUUGGCUUGGGAAUAGAUGGUUCCAACAUCUCUUCUAGUCUUCGGGCAAACCUCUACAUAGCCAUACGGAAGACCUUUCCGUUCGUAUUGUGCCUGCCGGUAAUGAUUCAUCGCCCCCAUCUAGAGAUACUGGAUUCCAUCUGUGGGAAGGAGCUUUCAUGUUUAGAUGACUUGGAGAACAACUUGAAGCAUUUGUUGAGCUUCUAUCGGUACUCCCCUCGUAUGAUGACCGAACUGAGGUCAACCGCGCCUACUCUGUCUGAGGAGACGGAGUUUCUCGGGGAUAUACGAGCAGUCCGGUGGAUCAUAGGUGAGCCUAAUGUCCUAAACGCUCUCAUCAAGGACUAUCUCGAAGUGGUGAGCCAUCUUAAAGGCAUCAGCGGUCAGACCCAGAGGGCAGACGCAGCCGCCAUUGCUCUUUCUCUUCUGCAGUUCCUGAUGGAUUACCAGUCUGUGAAGCUUAUCUAUUUCCUUUUGGAUAUCAUUGCUAUUCUGUCACGCCUUGCCUUCAACUUUCAGGGAGAUUAUCUACUGGUUUCUCAAGUAGAUGCCAAGAUUGUGGAAGCCAUUCAUGAGAUUGGUCAGCUAGUCGAUUCUCCAGGAGAGUACCUGCAAGAGUUUGAGGACAAUUUUCGCGAGAGCUUCAACGGCGUGGACCUCAAGAACCUGCGGGUGGCCGAAUCGAAGUUCCAGUCCAUCCGGGAGAAAAUCUGCCUGAAGACCCAAGGGAUUCUGGCCCAGCGUAUCGAUAAGCACAGCCAUUCUGUUGUACAGGCUUGCAAGGUGCUCGACCUGUCCUCAUGGCCACGCAGUAGGGAUGACCUCCAAAGCUACGGAGAGGAAGAGAUCCUCGUCAUCUUUGACCACGUGGAGACGAUUCCCUCGUCGGGUCGUGAGCUGUCACACGACCGAGUGGAUUUGCGCGGAAGCCUGAUAAGAGAAUGGAGGGAUCUCAAAGCUGACUACUUUAGCAUGAAUUGUUUUAAGGAAGUGAUGAGUCAUGUCUGCAAAUAUAAGCAGCGCUUUCCUUUGCUCAACCAAAUCCUGCAGUUGUUGAGGGUCUUGCCGACGUCGACUCUCUGCUGCGACAAAGGACGAGAGGCUUUGCACAAAGUAAGAAGGAACAACCACUCGAGACUGACUCUGGAACAGAUAAACGACCUGCUCACGUUGGCUGUUAACGGGCCGCCUAUCGCCAACUUCGAUGGCAAGAGGCCGCUAGACAGCUGGUUUGAGGAGAAGUCGGGGAAUAGUUACACGCUUUCUGCAGAAGUGUUGAGCAGACUAUCCCACACUGAACAAAAACCUGUGCUGCACUCCAUGGACGUGAAUUCAGAGUUUUAUCCUGGUAUUUGACUUCAACCUGCGUUUCAGCCAAUAAUAUUCCAAAAAGCCAUCUCAGUGGGCGUGAACUGACCAGGUGCUGUUAUGUGAUUGGCCAAUAUGAAUGACAUUGGCUCUGCUGCUACAAUGGCCUGGUCAGCAAUCCUUUAUUCAUACAAUUCAUUUAUUUAAAAAUAAAAAAAAAAUAGUAUGAAUGCCUUUGCAGGGCUUUGGCACUUACACACUUAAACCUAUUCUGGAAUGUGUAAUUAUUUUAUGCGAUUUAUUAUAAUUUUUUUUUUUUUUUUGAUGCUCCAAAGACAAAGAAAGCACUUAUUUCUUAGGUUGAAUGAAACGAAUAAUCGAUAUCUAUAAAAAAGGAUAUUCCAUUUUGUGGAUUUUUCUUUUUCUUGUUUUUCCACUUCAGCGUGUCCAAUAUUUGCUUGAAUAUGCACAGUUAUGCCUGAGUUGCUUGCGUACCCGAGAACCUGGUUUUUCUACUAUAAACUGUAUGGUUUCACUUUCUUCAUCGUAUGAGAAUUAUGUAAGCUUUUAAUUACGCCAUGUUUAAACCAUUUAAGUAGAAAGGGUUUUCUUUUUACGACCUUUCUUGCUACUAAGCUUUCUCUUUGAUUGUUCAAUUCAAGCUAAUAGCAUUAUUUUGAUUAAAAGUAAUUUUCUUGAUUUUUAAAAAAAAAAAAAUUUAGUUUUUUUUUUUUUUUUUUUUGCUUCGGAGGACCCUUAUAUAGACUUACGGGCCGUAAUGCAUUACGAAAUUGUAGCCCUGCAUGACGCGGUUUAUUGGCAAUCGUUAAGCGGUUUGAAAUGCAAUAUGCAAGAUGCUCAUGCCUUAUACUCGACUCAUGUUUUAAUCCGAAUUUGACUGUUCCUGUCAUGUUCUCGUUCUUCUGUUUUAGACUAUAUACCUUCUGUCAGUGAGCUAUCAUCUGGGACAUUUCAACAUCCAAACAAAGAGAUGUCUUGAAGAUUUUUAAUAGUGUAAGAAUAAAGAUCCUGAAGAGAUGAUAUUGUGCUCGAGUACCUCGAGAUGUAUCUUUUCACAACGUGAAAUCAUUUUUUUUUUUUUUCUUCUUCUUCCUUUUUUUUUUGGAUUUACCACUAAAUAUUAUUGUUCACAUGCGCAAUGUAUUAUCAUGCAUUUAUUCUCAGUUUCUAAAUACUGAAGAGUUAGGACACUUUUAUGCUCUAGUGAGGAAUACUAUGGAUUUAGAUCUUUAAAAUACCUAAACAUGAUAAUGAAUGUUUUUUUUGUGGGGGGGGGGGUUCUUUUUUUUUUUUUUUUUUUUAAAUUACCGAUCACAGGUGAUUUAUUUAGCGUUUAUAUAGACAAAAAGAAACGAACAGAAUUUGUAAUGCUGCUUUAAAAGUCCGUUAUUGCCAAAAGUUUCUACUGAAAUAACGAGAAUGCGCGUCGAAUCUUAACAUUUUUGCAAUCACUUUUAAUUCUGUUCUCUGAUAUAUCGCAUUUUAAAGGGCACAUAAACGGGGAAUAUGGCCUUAUGCAGUAUAUUUUGUUGAGAUUUGUCUCGUGACAAAUUUGAUACAGUAAUAUUGCAUGUUAUCUGCACAGCAAGAUGUUUUGUUUUUUGUUGUUUUGUUGUUGUUGUUUUGUUUUUUUUUAAACAAGAGCCUUUAUGCAAGUAUUGAUAAGUUUCGGUUGUUAUUUUGUAAUAUUGGCAUUUUACAGACCUAUACAACCUGGCAUGCGUUAUUAUUCAUAGCUUCAGAAAGGUUUUCCACACAAUUUGAUGAUCAUUUACGCAGCUCACAUACCGUGUGCAAAAAGCUUUACCGGGAGGGGAAAAAAAAAUCAUUUGCAUCAUUUAAUAUUUUCAAUACGUUUUAUGAUAAACCUUUAUACUUCCAACAGUGUAUAUUAGAUACGUACCUUUUUUGAUGGUGUUAAUAAUAAACAUUUUAACGCCAUAUCAUUCCUUGGUUUUAGUUCUAGUUAAGGUCUAAUUUAAUGGUGUAAUGGUUUUCUACAGAAUAAUACUGCAGUGUAUGUUUUUUUUUUCGUUUUGUUUUGUUGUUUGUUCUUGAAUGUACAGACUGUUACCUCAGAUGUGCAGUGAAAUGGAUAAUUGUGGUACCUAGCUGUAUUAUUCAACCAAAUGUAAUGUGGUGGUGGUUUAAUUUUUUGUUAUUAUUAUUGAGUAGUAGUGUUCGUAUUUGUUUAGUGUGGGUUUCUUUCUUCAUGGUGGUCUUGAACAGCCAUCACUGCACACGUCUUCCUUGUUUGGAGAUUGAUUGAUUUUGGGAUUUUUCGAUGGGGAUUUACCUUUCGUUAUUUUAUUUUAUUUUAUCUUUGGCACGAAGACACACAUUUGCUUGUACCUUAAUUACCAGAAUGUUAUUCUAUUUCUCCCGUUCUUUAAAGAUCAUAAAAGAAGCCGAGAAAGCAUCCAUAUUAUUUAUUCACGACGUUUUGUAUCGAUACUUUACCCUGUGCUCUUGGUGUUUUGUCUGGAUCAGCAAAAAGGAACAAUUUUAGAUUCAUAUACAGAUGUUUCAGUGUGAAUGAUGCAUUUUGGUGUUUUGUUCUCUUUUUUUUUUUUUUUUUUUCUUUUCUUUUCUUUUUUCUUAUGAAGUCAACCAAUUUGUGUCAUCAAAUAUAAGCAUUUACACAGCUCUAUACAUCACCGACUUGGGAUUUUGCAUGAAUACAUUGUAACACUGGAAAUACAUAACUAUAAAGUAUAUGUGAACUUAAGGAGUGAGUUGCAUAUAUGUAUGUG